GGGGUUUUCGGUAUUGGAGGAGUCGGCGUCGAUAGAAAAAAAAAAAAACGCUUGCUCCCAAACUCCGAGUCCGCCUCGGAGUACAGCUUGCCUUGUUGGCUUAUUGUUCUCCGAGCGACCAACCGGGUGCAGGCGUUGUUUCCCAGAUGCGCCCCAAAACCACCGAAAAUGAAGAAAAGAAGGCGGUGGAGGAGCGGCGGUGCGUCAACUGCGGCAAGGGGAUCAAGACGCUCUUCGUCCAGUACUCUCCCGGCAACAUCCGUUUGAUGAAAUGCGAGAACUGCAAGGCCGUAGCCGAUCCCUACAUCGAAUGCGAGUUCAUGAUUAUCCUGAUUGAUCUGAUUCUGCACAAGACUAAAGCGUAUCAACAUUUGUUAUUCAAUAUGCUGAACUUAGAUGCUGGUGACACGAAGGGACUAUUCUUGAAGUCAAGUUUUGUUUAUUUUCUUUUAGAUGCAUGCAGGAUUUCUCUCAUAAGUAAUAGUAGAGAUGAUUGGGAUUCAUCUGGGAGCCUUUUGGUGUCAAUUUGGACAUGUGGAAAGGUGUUGAUGGAUGUUUUAUUGGGAAAUUUUAUAUUUAUAUCUGUUAUAGUUCUUGGGACAAGGUUUCUUCUCGAUUUAUCACUUGAUAUUACUAGGUGCAAAGAGAUUAUGCUGGCCAUUCUUAUUUCGAGCUACUUCAAGUUGUUUCUCAUAGCAAUGAUGGUUUGGGAGUUCCCUUCUUCUGUUCUUUUCAUCAUUGACAUAUUUGUUCUAUCAUCAAAUGCAGUGGCUUUGAGAGUUGUAACAGAGUUGCCGACUGCUGGGUGCCUUGCAGUAUGCUUCGGUGCACAUGCAGCCAAAUUGUUUACUGAUCGUUGGCUGCUGCAUCUAUUAUCUGGUGCCACCGUGAGAAAAAUGCUUCUCACUUAGUGAAGGCAUGUCACGUUCAUUUUCACAUCACCAUCUUUCGUUGUAUAUUUUACAUGGUCAUCAAGCUGGAUAAUUCAAAAUAUAUCAUCAACAUCAAAUAUUAUGACACUUCACUAUGAAAUUCAAUAUGAUAAGUUAGGAAGAAAUGUAAUUCUAAUCCACCAAUCUCUUAGCCUUUGCUAAAUGUCAUUAAGUGCAUAUCAUUGUAUCUCACAUAGCAAAAUGGCUGAAAUGAGAACUCAGUCGAUUUCUUUUCUCCAGUACAAUCGAUAGAUAGAUAGAUAGAUGCCAAAGUCUUCUCACUCCUCUUCGCUUAUACUAGCGAAUUUCCCUUGCCCAGCUACUUUACUACCUUCUUGCACCAUAUCUUUAUGUGUUGUUCUGCGAUCAGACUGGUGAAUAAAGAUCAAAACAGAUCAUUCAGUCCUGCCUCUUGUUGUUUCAUUGGAAACUUUGUUAGAAUACUUCAACAAUGGUCAAGGUUGGCCAACCAAUAUUGCCUGCUGCUUUUGUGUUCGCUGCUUGUAAUGUAGGAAGAUCUUGAUAGUGUUAAAUGAGACAAUUAGGUUGUAAUUUCCUUUAGGAUUAUUAUUAAAGCUUCCAGUUUCCACCACCUUGAUUGUAAUGUCGUAUACUUCCAGUUCCUUAAGGAGAUACAUAGAUGCGUAAGUUUCUCACUCCUCUUGGCCUGUACUCAUGAAUUUCCCUUGCCCACCUACUCUACUACCUUCUCGUACCAUUUCUUUAUGUGCUGUUCUCCCAUCAGACUGGUGGAUAAAGGUCAAAGGAGAUCAUUCAGGCCUGCCCCCUGUUGUUUAAUUAAAUACAAUGAGAUCAUUCCGGCCCGCCUCUUCUUGUUUCAUUAAAUGCUUUGCUAGUAUGCUUCAACAAUGGUCAAGGUCAGCUAACCGAUGUUGCCUGGUUCUUUUAUGUUCGUUGCUUGUAAUGAAGGAAGAUCUUGAUAGUGUGAAAUGAGACAAUUAGGUUGUAAUUUCCUUUAGGAGAGUUAUUAAAACUUCCAGUUUCCACCACCUCGAUUAUAAUCUGCAAGUAAAGAUCAUUCUGGAUGCAUGAUAGAGGUGAAAGCCAACAUUCUGGCAGUUUUGGAGACUGAGAUGGUCAAAACAUUGUAUGUCUAUUAUUUCAAGGAUGGUUCUUGUUUAGUUAACAUUCACCAUUUGUCCCAUAAUAAAUCAACUUAAUAAGUAAUAGAGAUUAUCUACAUGAGGAUUCUGCACAGUAACCUUUUCAGGUUCUUGAGUUUCUUUAAUGUGGUACUGGAUAGUUCAGAGAAUACAGAUGUCCUGCUGACUACAAAUGAAGCAGUGCAAAUCUAUUCACUAAAACCUAUUGUUCUGUUUCUUAACACGUCUGCAUGAAUGACUUCCUUUUUUUUUUUUGAUUCUUGAAGGAACUUACGCAUGCAACUCAUUGCAGCCUAAGAUUGAUCUCUGUACAGGUCUGAUAAGAUGCCAUGAUCAUUUUGUUACUGGUGGGUGGUCAGGUUUGGUGUAGUAUUGUGUAUUAGGUUAGUCUCGCUUUACCUACUGCUGCGAGGCGCAGGCAUCUCCUCCCUUUGCUUCAUCUCCAUUCCAAAUCCUUCCUUAUCUUUAUUAUUAUGUGCAUGCGUUACAUAUACCAAAUUCUAGCUGCUAGAAUGAAAGAAUGCCACAUAUUUUGUUCUUAAUUUGAAAUUUAGGUUAGCUUCUAGUUAUCUUACAAAACCAUGCCCAUAUGGUUUAAAAUUAAAACUUGAUGUCGGAUUGGGUGCAGUUCUUUUGGCUAAUGGUGCUUCCUCUGUUAGAGUGGUUCGUGACCCAUGGGCCGCAUAUUUUGUUCCUAAUUUGAAAUUCAGAGGAUUCCUAGGAGCAAAGCGCAGGUUUCUUCAUCCAUCAAGCUCGUGGCGUCUGGUUAGAAGCAGAUUCUUGCAUAAUACUACUUACCAGAUCCUUUAGUUUCGGGAUUUCUUUUACUUACAGGGAGAGCAAUCAGGUAGCUGACUGGUUUGAGGGGGUUUGUUGCUGCUGAUGAAGGUGUCACUGCAUGCAUCGCUGCACUUCUUAGUGCUCUUAAUGACAUUGUGAAUGCAGAUGCUGUGAACCAAUGACAUUAGACAAUUGUAGAGGGGUCUUUGCCCCUCCUAAUUAUCCAAAAGCAAAUAAAUACAAAUGAACAUAAAAAUAAGAAGGAUUUUUUGCA